UAAAAUUUGUUAGCAGAACAGCGUCGUUUUUGUGGUUCUUAUCCUUGUUGGGUAUAUCGCAGAAACCCCCAAAAUCAUACUUCAUUGUUUUCUUCAAUCUCUUUCGAUUAAUCAAUACGCAGUGUAGAAGAAUCGGGGAUAAAAUUAGAAUCAGUUUGAUUUCGAUUUUGUUUUUAAUGUUCAAUCGGAACUCGUUGGAGCUGUAAAUCUUCUUUGAUUGGAGGUGCCGAUGUACAAUUAAUCAGGUAGUUACGAUGACAAGCAUUAAGGAUUGGGUUUUCUCUCAAGUGAUAUCAAAUUCAAUAGGUUCGACCAGACCACUGUCAGCAUCGGAUAGCUUUUUGUCGCAGGAACCUCAGAAUGAAGAGCUUGGAAACAGAGGUUUAACUCAAAACAAUGCCAAUUUAGUUUCACGGCCAGUUUCUACUGAAAUACCUUCCCCAUCUAGUGAUAAUCAGAUAACUCAGAAUCCCUUGCCACCACAAGUGGAAAAUUCUUCCGGGUCCAAUGUUAUCACCGAGGAGAAACACACAGACCCUCUUGCAAAAGUUGAAGCUUUACAAAUUACAUUUUUACGUCUUCUUCGGCGAUUUGCCCUGUUUCAAGAUGACCUGACAGUGGCAAAGGUCUUAUACCGCAUCCACCUCGCGACUUUAAUACGAGCAGGGGAAUCAGAUUUAAAAAGGGCGAAUCUGAAAAUUGGCAGAGCUCGAGUGAUAGCUGCAGAGCAAGAAGAAACUGGUGUACCUCAACUGGACUUUUCUCUUAAGAUUCUUGUUGGGAAAACUGGUGUGGGCAAGAGUUCCACAAUAAAUUCCAUACUUGGUGAAUCAAAGGUAACGACCAAUGCAUUUCGGCCCGCUACUGAUCGAGUUCAAGAGAUUGUGGGACUUGUGAACGGCAUCAAAAUAUCUUUCAUCGACACACCUGGCCUAUUUCCUUCCUCAACAAAUUCCGACCGUAAAAAUCGGAAAAUUUUGCACUCGGUGAAGCGGUUUAUUCAAAAAUCACAUCCGGAUGUGAUCUUGUAUUUCGAACGCCUCGAUUUGAUUAGCAUGGGCAAUCACGAUUUCCCGUUAUUGAAGCUCAUAACCGACGUUCUUGGUCCUGCAAUAUGGUUCAGCACCAAUAUUGUUAUGACUCAUUCAUCUGCAGCCCUUCCGGAAGGUCAAAACGGAUACCCCGUAAGCUUCGAUUCCUAUGUCUCUCACUGCACACAGGUGCUCCAGCACCAUAUUCACCAGUCAAUAUUGGAUACAAAACUCGAAAAUCCCGUGAUUUUGGUGGAGAAUCACCGCCACUGUAAAAUGGACAACUCCGGUAAGAAGGUUCUCCGUAAUGGGCAGUUAUGGAUGUCCCAGUUCAUGUUGUUUUGCAUAUGCACGAAAAUCCUCGGUGAUGUCAACACUCUUUUGGAACUUGAAGACAGCAUGCAAUUGGGGCCCUCGAGAAAUUCCAGGCUGCCUUCUCUGCCUCAUCUGCUCUCGUCUUUUCUUAAACACCGUGUCAAAUUGAGCUCAAAUGGUGCGGAUAAUGAAACCGACGAACUCUCUUUCUCUGACACCGAAGAAGAAGAUGAAUACGAUCAAUUACCUCCUAUUCGCAUACUGACUAAAUCUCAGUUCAAGAAGCUAAGCCCUUCUCAGGAAAAAGACUAUCUUGAUGAAUUGGAUUACAGGGAGACCCUUUACAUGAAGAAACAGCUGAAACAAGAAUACAUGGCAAGAAAGGAGAAAGCCCCUGAUGAUAAUAUCGAAAGUCAAGAAGGUCCUCCAGAGCCAAUUAUGCUCCCAGAUAUGUCUGUACCUCCAAGUUUCGAUUCGGACAAUCCUGUCCAUAGAUUCCGCUGCCUUGUCACGAGUGACAGGUGGCUUGCAAGACCAGUUCUCGAUCCACACGGAUGGGAUCACGAUGUGGGCUUCGAUGGAAUCAACCUCGAGAUAGCAGCACAACUGGGGAAGGAUAUAAUCACCUGUGUUGCAGGACAGAUGAGCAAGGAUAAACAAGACUUCAAUAUCCAAUGCGAGUCGACAGCAGCCUACGUGGCACCUAGUGGGCCCACGUACAGCGUUGGCCUCGAUGUACAGUCUGCAGGCAAGGAAUUGAUCUGCUCAGUUCGAAGCAACGCAAAGGUGAAAACUCACAAGUACAAUGUGGCAGAGUGUGGUGUUUCUGUGAUGUCGUUUGGGAAUCAGUACUAUUACUGUGGCAAGAUUGAAGAUAGUAUAUCGAUUAAGAAAAGGGUGGAUUUGAAAACGAAUGGUGGUGUGAUAUCAGGUAGUGGGCAAUUUGGUUACAGUGGAAGCUUUGAAGCCACUUUGAAAGGGAAAGACUACCCUGUGAGAGAGGACAAGACGAGUCUUUCGGUGAGUCUUCUUUCUUUCAAAAAGGAAACGGUUUUGGGUGGGAAUAUACAGUCGGAUUUCAGAUUGGGAAGGGGUACAAGAAUGUCGAUAAAUGCUAAUUUGAACAGCAGAAAUAUGGGCCAGGUAUGUGUAAGAAUGAAUAGCUCUGAGCAUAUGGAAAUAGCUUUAGUUGCUGUUGUAUCCCUCUUGAGAGCCCUUUUCCGAAAGAAGUCGAACAACAACUUUAGCAGUAGCGAAACAACAGAAACGGGAUAGUUUUUUUUCUCUUUCUUUUUUUAUGAUGCGGAAUUGGAAAAAUCGACGAUGUUGGCGAAGAAAUUUGUAGGGAAGAGGAAUGUUGAUGUCUUUUUUGGAUCUUGUAUAUCACCUAUCCUAUACAGGAAAAUUUGAUGGAAUUGGUUCCAUUAUUUUUUUUUUCCGUAAUAAAUCCGUGUUUGUUAUGUUUUUCAAAA